AUGUUCAUGUCAAAUAUCGUUCAAAACUAUGACGAAAUAAGCGGUUGCACAAUGAACGUCUUUGCAGCGAGUUCAUAUUUACUUUGUUUUAUCUUGAUGUAUAGUUAUGGACAACUGUUACCUUUAACUUCGGACUUUAUCAAGCAAGGCUAUGUGUCCGAGAGCAUGGAUGAAGGUGUUUUUGCUGUACACAUCCUGGAAAUAAAGUCUCUUAUAGAGUGUGCAUUGCGUUGUGGCAUGAAUUUACUUUGUAACGCUGUGGACUUUUGCUUUCUUGAUGGUUUAUACACCUGCCGAUUCCGUUAUGGACAUGCUAACCUUUCAAACACCAUUACACAGUGUGAGGCUUAUGAAAACACAGCUAGCAAAGACUGUCCGGAUGGAUUAUUCUUAAGAGCUCAAGGAAUAUGCAAAAUCAAUACUGAUGAGUGCCAGAAUGACCCAUGUCUUAACGGAGCCACAUGUACGAACACACCCGGCUCAUUCAACUGUACAUGUGACGCCGGAUGGACCGGGAUAGUUUGUGAUGAAGUUCUGCCGAACAUUGCAUUACGUAAACCUGCCAAACAAUCAUCGACAUUUUCUGACCAUAUGAAUGUAUAUAACGCCGCGUAUGCCGUGGAUGGCAAUAGAGGAACAGAUGUUAUUGACAACAAGUGUACACACACACGGGAAGGCGACAGUAAUCCCUGGUGGAGGGUGGAUCUGCAGGCUGUGUAUAACAUCACAUCUGUCAGAAUACUCAACAGAGGAAUAAAUAAAUACGGAGAUUUGGCAUACCGACUUCAGGACGUUACUGUCACUGUAGGGCUGACAGAAUCUGAUGUCAACACUCCCUGUGGUUUCUUUGCUGGUCCCGGUACUGCGUCACAGCUGGUCGCCAUCGACUGUCUGACGUCACCACAGGGGAGAUUCGUUAAGAUCUCCAAGACAACUGAGUUUCUCACUCUUUGUGAGGUAGAUGUGUUUGGCGUCUCCGUCUAAUAUUCAUUAAAGCUGAUGACUAAGCUGAAAUGUUGCCGACUUCAUGUUUAUGUUUGCGCAUCCUGAAGAAUCGAUUAUCUGUUCCUUUUCAAUGUGACUUUUUUAAUCGCUUCAAGUUAAAAUUCUACAGCUGUUGCCUUAUUUAUACAUUUAUAUAAUUUUGCUUUAAAUGUUACAUGUCUGACUUUUAUUUAUAUUGCUACUUACAUUAGAAGUAACAUUGGAUAUAACUGUGAAGCUUUUUAAUGUACCUUUAUAUUUAUUUCAACGCAUUUUUAAUAACUUUGAUCAGUACGUAUUGGUUUCAUUUCUGUUUA